AUGGUCAACUCCUUGAACGGUACUGGACUCUGGACAACAUCGUUUCCGCUAACUGCCGAACGUGUCGUGAACUCGAACCGCUGUCCGGCUUUGGUUCUCUGCGUGCCGUUUGCUGCCUCGAAACAUGCGGAUCGGUUCGUCAUCAGCAUCGAAAAUUACAAUAUAUACUGCGACGAUGCUGAUGAGAAGAAAGUGGGUGGCUGCGUGAUAGCUGUUAAGAACAAAUACAACAACCCAGAAGAAUUUGACUCAUCGUCGCCUAGAUGCACUUUUGUAGGAAUGUGGGAUCCCAGAGAACGCAAACUCUGGAUCGUAAGUGACAAUGCACCUACAGAAACCGCUGAGAACAACAGUAAGGACCCCUUUUUUAUGAUGAAUUGA